UUUUUUUUGGGAAGUUCCAAUUCGGAUUCUUCGUUGCUAAUUAAGUUGCUUAUUUAGAAAUUAUAAUUUGCAUUAACUACUGAAUGAAAACGUUCAUUCUCAUUAAUGGUGGAUUUUCUAAUAUGUAAUUAAUUUCACAUUUUGGGACUUAUUUUCUUUUUGAAAGGAGAGAAAUUCAUUCCACGAAACAGGUACAAGUCUUCUUAUAAUGGACUAAAAUAAGGUUUUAAGUUGGCAAUAAAAUAUGGAAUUCGAAUUUUUCAUUCAUUGCUACAACUCUAUAAAUAACACUGAAAGACCACACAACAGUAUAGAAUUAGGAUACACCAGAAUCCAAGAUCAAAAUUUAUUAUUUUUAAUUUUUUAUUUUAAAAGAAUUAUUUUUAAUUAAUUAAUCAUAUGUAACAAAUAAAUCUCUAUCUAAAUAAUAAAUUAUAUUGUUUACCACAUCCAUCCAUAUCCCUAAUAAUCACCCAUAAAACUAAAUUUACAUGUUUCACCCUUAUGUAUUAUUAUUAUAGCAGGUAUAUUGUAUUAAAUAAAGAGAUUUAUUUUAAAUGGAUACAAUGAUUUACUCACUAUUUUGAUAUUUAAUAAGCAUAUGAAAUAUAUUGUUCCAAUAUUGUUUACUAUUUUGUAAAUUAUUUCUAAUUUUUAAAAUUUUACAGAAUACCUUAAAUAACUAUAACGUACACAACCAUUAAUUUUUUUAAAUCGAAAAUUUAAAAAUUGCAUCGAUAUACUAAUUUUAAGGGUGUAUUAUAAAAGUAAUUAUAAAUAUUUAUACCGUCUAAUCUUUUUUAUUACAAAAGUAUGAUUUUUUUUCAGUUUAUUUUUAUCAUUAAGGAGUUGCAGUUGUGUAAUGCCCCCAUUAUAAAUGUUUAUUGGGCAUCCACCCACACAACUAAUGUGUUUUAUCUUUACUUGUACGUUUUUAAAAGAAAUUGAAAGAAACAUCGCAAGAGGUCACUCAUCAUAAAAUUACUUCAGGACAAACAUACUUAAUGUUUACUAAAAUUGAUACGCAUGUAUAUAUAUAAUUAAAUCAAAUAAUAUAAUGAUAAAGUAGAAUACCGUUCUCAAAAAAAUUGAUUACCAAUUAUCAAUUAAUCAAUUCCUUGUUCAUGUUUGAUUAAAUAAAAUAUUUGAGAGAAAAAUAAUUAAGCAAAACAAAUAAUUAAAAUUUAAUGAAUAAACAAAAAAAAACUACGAUUAACUUGAUAAUCUAGGUAAAUUAUAUUUGACUUGCAGCUGUUUAUAAUCUUACCAUUUUGAAUAGGUAAUACGCUAAUCUAUAUUUGGUAUAAAUAAUGAUUUUGUGACAAUUUUGCGUCAACUUUUAUUAUUAUACUUCAAUACAUAAUUGUAAAUCUUAUACAAAAUUUAAUAUUUAUCUAAUAACAUAAUGGUAAAUAUAAAAUUAUAAUAUUUACUGUGAUAUAAAUUUUGCAUCAUCUUAUUUUAUGAUCUAAAUUUGGAUUAUUUUUGUUAUGUGAGAUAUUUACAUCACAAUUUGACACACUAUUAAAGUAGAUUUUUGAUAAAAUAAGUUAUAUUUUAUAUUUGCAUCUCCAUUUAAAAUGCCCUGAUAAUACAAUUACCCAAUUUUAUUUGUCAAUUGAAUAAAAAGAGAAAAAAUUGAGUAAUUAAAUUAUCAAGUAAAUAAAAAUCCAACUAUCCUAUUUUGUCAAUUGCAUUGUCAAUUAUCAUUUAUUUACUUGAUAAUGUAAUUACUUAAUUUUUCUUCUUUAUAUUUAAUUGACAAGUCAAAUUUAAUAGUUUAUAAUAUGGUUAAGACUUACAAUCUCACUAUAUGUGAAAACUCUCUAUACUCCUAUGACAGAGUUCAAUAAAACAUUAACAUAUGGCAUCUCAAAAUAUACUUUCAUCUUAAAUCAAUUUGCAUCCAUAACAAUCAAAAAAUAUUUAAAUUUCAUUUUUUAAAUUUUAAUUUGAAAUCAUAGAUAACAAUUAUAAAUAGUUAAUAAAUAGUUUUGAAAUUAAAUCAGAUUGUACGUGAUUAAAAUAAGAGAAUAAGAGCACUCCCAAUAGAUGAGCUAAAAUAGCUCAAUCUUUAAAUUAUAGAGAAAAAAAUUAUAAAAUUGAGCUUCCAACAAGUGAGGUAAAUCUUAGCUAUUUUAUAUAUUUUUUAGCUUAAUGAAUAAUGCUUAGCUAAAUAUAGAGAUAACUAUUCAUUGAGCUAAACAUAUUUUAAUAUUAUUUUCUUUAACUUUUCUAUAUAUGUGUGUAAUAUUUAUUGUACAAGAUGUUAGGAAUUUACUUUUGGCUUUAUCUUUUGUUGAGUUAUGUUUUGUUAAAUGAUUAGCAAACAAGUUGGCUCGUUGCUUCACAAGAGACUCUUGUUUCUCUACAGGUUGUGCGCUUCAGUUGGAGGAUCCUCUGAAGUGCGUUCUAUUGUUUUGAAUGAGUUUAUUCAUUAAUAAAUCUCCUAAUUUAUUAAAAAAAAGAAAAAUAAGAAUAUCUCUGACGAAGACACAAAUAUAUGAUAGAAAACUAAAAUAUAACUUAAUUAACAAAAAAUAUGCUCUAAUAAUAUUUUAUAAGGUGAUACAAAUUUAAUGCUUAGUAAAUAUUGUGCCAAUUUUAGCAAUGCAAAAUUUGUAUGAGAAUAAAUGUAUAAUUUUAUUAUUAUUUUUUUAAAAUUAUGUAUAAUUUGUUUUUAAUAAAAUUUUACAUAAUUUUUAUAUUUGUUUUUUUAAAAUAUUUAAUAUAGAGUUUUUUGCGGCUAAAUCAUCUCAACUAUCUUUUCGCUUGCAUUUAACAUUUUAAGUUCAAAAUUUGGUAGUAAAACCCUUCAAACUACUGAAUUUUUAGCAAAUUUAAGGUGUCAUCUAUUUUUCAUAGUUAAUUGCAAUAUGGAUUGCGUAUGUGUACACUCUUGUACACGUGACACAUUUAUAUUGGCAUACAUCAUAUUAUUAUUUAAAAAUUACAAAAAAUUAUUUCAAAAUUUAUAAUAUAUUUUUUUAAGUAUUUAUUUUUUAUUUUAUAAUUUUAAAAUAAUAAUAUUAGGUGUAUUAAUAUAAACGUGUCAUGUGUACAAUAGUCUAUACAUAAGUAGUCCGUAGUGACAGUUAACGAGAUGAUACCUAAACUUUGCUAACAGUUCAGUUGUUUAAAAAAUUUUAUUAUUGAAAUUUGAGCUUGGAAAGUAUGUGAAGUGAAAUUAUAAUUGAGAAAAUUUAACCGCUAAAAAUUCUUUAAAAUAUAAUUUAUUUUGGUUAAAUGAAUAUAUUUUUUUUAAGAAUAUAAAUUAAGAGAAAAAAACGCGAAAUUAAUAGAAAAGAUGAAAAAUAUGUGGUUAAAUUAUUAAGCUGGGGAAAGUUCGCGGAAGAAGAAUACAAAGCAUACGAACAAUGAAACAACAAAGAAAAGCAAAGAAUGACUAAAAAGGUACAACAACAACAACAAAUGCACUUCCAGAAGGAGGUGAAAUAAAAAGAAGAAGAAAAAGACAAGACAAAAGGAAGAGAGAAAAAUAAUAAGUUAAAAAAAAUAAAUAAAAUAAAGCUUUAUUAAAUUAAAUUAAUAAAAACCUCUAAUUUUAUAGAAAGAAAUUAAAUUAAAUUAAAGUAAAGUAAAAAAGAGAAAGAAUCAAAACUCAUCCUCAUUUCUCACCCUCACUCACCUCAUCCUCGAGUAACCAACAACAUGUCAGAGAAACCAAGUAACAGAGCUUAGAAGAAGAAACAGAGAAGAGAAGAAGAGAAGAGCAGAGCCAGCACCGAAAUUCACUCCCUCUUCUCCUUCUUCUUCCUUCAAGAUUCGAUUUUGUUACCCAUGAAUCCCAGCAAAACAGAAGAGGAUCUCUUUCAUCAUCUGGGCCCACCGCCACAGAUCAUGGCCCAAUCACAACCGUCCAUUCCCAACCCUCAAGAUGACGAUCCUUCCUCAUCCUUCUCCCUCCCCGAAAUUGUCAUCUUUAGGUCUUCUUCCUCUUCCUCUUCUCCUUCCCACUCUUCUGCCGAUGACAUCGACGACGUUUCCAAUCACCCCAACACAAACCCUAAUUCCACCAAUUCCAACCAGAAUGGCUUCCCCCAACACCAGCAGCCACCUCUCAAUAUCAGUCCGGAGCGUCAUAUUUCCUCCCAAUUUUACACCUUCAACACCGAAUCCCAUUCUCUCAUGAUUCGUUGCCUUUUGGAGCGCCGCCUCGCCACGCCGGCUGAGAUCCGAGAUGCCACUCCCCUACCCGUUCUCAAGUCGUGGCGCGCCGUCUGGAAGGACCGGAACGAAGACACGGCUUAUCUCACCGCCUGGAAGCGCAUUCAGGACAAGCUCUCCGCCCAUGUCGACCAAAACGGUAACGAAUUCCUCUGCUUCAAGAAUAAUACCCAGCAAUUCGUUUCGCAUGUUAACCAGUGGCAAGAUAUUGUUAUGAGUUUUCAUGGUGAUACGGAUAUGAAGCACUUAGGGCUUAAGGAAACCAUUGAUAGAAUUAAGCAGGUGUGGACCGUAGGUGCUAAGUUUUAUGGCAUACCUGAAAGUUACAUUAGGGUUUGUGUGGCUGCCUGUCCUGUUUGCUCGUCCGCUUCUUCUGGUGGAACAGGGAGGAAUAAGCGCCGUAGGUUUGAGUAUACUGAGUCUUUUGAUGUGCCUGCGAAGGAGGUGCCCCAUAGGCUUCAGCAACUGGCUGCAAAGCACAAGGUCGUGCUUUGCAUUAGGCAGAAGUACAUUAGAUAUAAGCCCUUUAUGGCUGAGGUCAAGGAUUAUGCUUGUCACAGGGCAGGUGAGCCGGUUGCCAAGAAGUCAAAAAUUUUGAAGAGGGAACCAUAUGCAUCUAAACGGUGUGGGUGUGGAUUUCGAAUUCGUGCCAUUGUGCCAAUUGCCAAUUAUAAUGAAAAGGACAAGACUUUUGUUUAUCAAGAAGAAGGGAUGGCUGUUUUCAAGUUAUAUGCUGUACACUCAGGUCACGAGCCAGGACCCUUAGAUGGAAAUGCGAGGAUAAUGCAUAGAGUUGUGGGCCAUAAAGGCGGCUUUUUGUUGGAUCAAGAUACUGUAUAUGGUGUGAACGAGGAUAUGGAGAAUGAAGGUUUUGGGUUGAUUGGGAAGGAUGAAGGUAAUUUUCAUCUUUCAGUUUUGCAGCAGGUGCAUGAAUUGAAAACCGAAGUUGGAUUCUUAGAAGCAAAGAUUGGAAAGAUGCCGCGCGAGUUAUUGUGCUCGGUAUCUCGGGAUUUAUUUGAUAUUGUUAGUAGGGUUAGACGUAUUGGACAGGAGAAUUUGAAGCCAAUCGGUUUGCUCCAAGAUAAGCCACAUCCUGACGAUGUAUUGGUUGGGGAGGAUGAUUUGGCUCAUUGGAGUGAUCAUCACCAUGAAAGAAUAUAUGGGAACGGCAAGGAUACUGAAUUGAUAGAUGAUGAUGAGGAAAGUUUUGAGCGGACUCUUGAGGAUGUUGUUUCUUGGGAUCAGCUUAGGACAGAUUGUAGAAAUCAAAAAGAUUUAAUGGGCGAGUCUUGUAAGUCUGAAAAGUGGCUGAAAUGCAGUAACUUUGACGAGAAAAGCAUUCUUGAUUGUGAAGAUACAAAGCUAACCAAGCCCUUAAGACAUGACGAUGCUUUAGUAGCAGAUGUAGGUCUUGUUGGCAUACAAGUCGAUAGUUUCUACCAAGAUAACCCAAAAUGGUAUGAUUCUCCUUGUGGAUUGGACUCCAGUGCUGAUUGUGGAGAUGGUGGAUUCAGGCACGGAGAGAUUGUUUAGACUUUCUUGAAGAUAUCAAUUAAGCCCUUCUAACAUAUGUGAGUUUAUAGCGGUGCCCCUUCUCGAGUUGGAUGUGGGGUUGUACAUUUAUGUAUACAGAAGAUUGGAGCCUCCGACAUGCAUUUUAGGUUCCUUAAGUGCGUGGUUCUGUAAAGUAUAGCCCAAUUGGGCUUUUCUGCACAUACUUUAUUCAUAAAUACUUGUUAACCAAGUUUUUGUCAUUUAAAUUUUUAGAGCAGUCCUAACAAUGUCUAUUGGGAAACUAUUUUAUUCAACAUUUGUACUUUUUCUGUUUGAGAUUCUGAUAUGAAGUACUGGCGCAUAUUCGGUUUCACGUGUUUCUCCUGUUAAAAACUUAAAUGAAAAGAUUUAUGGAUUUAUGUGU